AUGGCCAACGUUUUACCAACCCAAUUACUUUUGUUUUUCGCUUUUACCCUAUCAAUGAUCUCCCCACUCUUCCGCACAGGAGCACUCAACGGCGGCGGCGGAGGCGGCGGCGGUGGCUUCACCGCAUCUCUCAUCCACCGCAAUUCACCGGAAUCCCCCUAUUACGACCCUUCCGAAAGUCACUAUGAUCGUUUGGCCAAAGCGUUACGGCGUUCCAUCGCCCGCUCCCACCGCUUAAUGCCUAGUGCAGCUAAGGGUCAGAAAAAGAAGACGGCUCUGCGCGGCCGCCCCACCACACAGAUAACCAACAAUGGCGGCGACUAUCUUGUGCGCGUUUCGCUCGGCACAGAUCCCGUCGAAAUCGUCGCCGUCGCUGACACCAGCAACGACCUCAUCUGGACUCAAUGCUCGCCUUGUUCCGACUGCUACACACAAAGUUCCCCUUUCUUUGACCCCAGCAAUUCCUCCACUUACCAACCCAUUAAAUGCGAUUCCAGUGACUGCGAGUUAGCCGUCGGAGGAACUUGCGCCGGACCCGGCGACGACGCCUGCCAUUAUUCAGUGUUUUCGGGCGUCAAGUAUGAGAAUUCCUACUCGCACGGCGUACUCGCGAAAGAGAACCUCGCUUUGGGGAGCACAAAGCUUCGCAAAAUAACCGUCGGCUGUGGACACAAGAACCAGCUGAUGUACGACGACGACAACGCGGAGGGCAUGAUGGGUCUCGGACGCGGUCCGAUCUCCCUGGUUUCCCAAAUCCACGAUCAGAUAGACGGAAAAUUCGCCUACUGCUUGGGCCUCAACAACUCCGGCACCGGCAACGGCAACAACAGCAGCAAAAUCAUCUUCGGCCGUCACGCCGACGUUCCCGGCGCCGGCGCGGUUUCCACCUCCAUGGUUUCCGGAAAAUUUAAAUCCUCCUAUUACGCAAAGCUGGAGAAGAUCAGCGUCGGGAACGAAACCGUAAAGUCCAAAAAUCUGGUCCUCCUGGACACCGCCACCCUUUUGACGUUUGUGCCGCGGGAUCUUCACUCCACGUUGGAAGCGGCAGUGGCGGGCGGAGCUAGUAAUUUAACGCCCGCCGAGGACCCGUACGGACUUUUCAAUCUCUGCUACAAAGUGAGAGGGGAAGUUGAUCUCGCGGGAGCUCCUGAAUUCACGAUGCAUUUCGCGGGAGCAGACGUCAAGUUGAGCUCGGAGAAUAUGUUCCUGAAGGUAACGGACAGCGUUGCGUGCCUUGCUUUGGUACCUAUAGAUGGGCCGGAGAUCAUAUACGGGAACUUGGCCCAAGCAAACCACGUGGUGGGCUUUGACCUUAAGAAAGGGACGGUGUCCUUCAAGCCCACUGACUGUGCCCUAAUCUGA